AUGGCAGCUAACCAAGAUGAUUCAGGAACACUCAAAUUCAAGACAUGUGAGUUGAAAGUCUUCAUCCAUUGCCAAGGCUGCAGGAAGAAGGUCAAGAAGGUUCUUCAAGCAUUGAAAGGUGUUUAUGAGACGACCAUAGAUUCUAAACAGCAAAAGGUGACAGUAACCGGCUGCGUCGAUGAAGAAUUUCUCAUCAAGAGGCUGUCGAAGUUGGGAAAAUACGUCGAGCCAUGGCCAGAAAUGGUUGAGAAGAAAGAGAAAAAGGCUGGGAAAUCCAACAACAAUGAGAAACAAGAAGAAGGAGAACAAACUGGACAUGAUCAUCAUGACCCAAAGAAGGAUAAGACAGCAGUAAAGCCUGAAUUAGCAUUACCAGUCCCAGAAAAUGGCGGCGCUGGCGACGGAGAAGGCCGUCCUGCUGGAGGUAAUCAGCCUCAGGCAGGGUACCGAAUGGCGGCAGGUGAAAGCGAGGAACCAGACACGAAAGCCGGAAGUGGUGAUGGUAGAAAGAAGAAAGAGAAAGUGCAGAGAAGUGUUAACCCUGGUCACGAAGGUAAUGUACCAGCAGGUGAGAACCAAUCAGCCAUGGCUCUCCCAGUCCCAGAUGAGGCUCCACCUAUGGAAUCAAUCAAUGGGUGCCCUCCAAAUCAGGGUAUGUAUCGAUAUGGAGAUAUGUACUAUGGACCUCAAUUAUUUGGAGGGAGUUACAACACGAAUUAUCAUAGCUCGGCCUCUUGUUACUAUGCCCCUAGAACGUAUUCUAAUGCAUACGGAGCACCACCGGCUCCGCCGCCUGAUCCGAUCGAUGGAUUCAAUGACUACCAUGAUGAUGAUGAAACUGGCUGCUCACUCAUGUAG